AUGAGGUGGCCACGUGUCCUGGCUAUCGGGCUACAUGUACUCCAUAGCUAUGGUGCAUCCGCCAGGACCGCGCCCACGAGCCGGCGGUCUCUAGACACACGUGAAGAUGAAAUCCCCGAGGAGUGCAUCGUCCUGCCAGCCUGUGCGCUACCAACGGCGCGGAGGAGCGCCAAGUUCCGGCGGGACAGCGACUGCUCGACACAGGCCUUCAAGAAGUGCCGGGUCAACCUCAACACCGAGACGGAAGUCAUGGCCGAUAGCGGCAACGACAGCGAGGACGAGAGGGAGAUUCUGAAGAUGGUUUAUGUCACCAUACCGUUCUUGAGCCUGGACACCAUCCGCGCCUACGCCAGCGGCAAGCAGACCGACCAGUCCAACCAGGAGACGAGCGAACUGGCCCAGCUCUGGCGACAAGAGUACACAAAAGAGAACGGCGACGACCACGACUUCAAGGAGAACGCGGGAAAGCUCAAGAAGAAGUACAAGAGCCCAAGUGAGUUUGCCAAGAAGUGGGCGGGCAAGCUGUCGGGCAGCGACAAGCUCAGGAGUAAUCAGGGCUCCACGGGCUGGGCGCUGCUAACGCGCGUCGACAUCACGGCUACGCUUUUCGGCCUCUUACUUACAGCGCGCAUACGGCAUUCACCGACGGGGUUUAUCUAUUUGCAAGGAGGAGAGUUCAGUCUUGUGCCAGUCCGAGAGUCCAAAAACAGGUCUGGUAAUAGUACGAUGUUCAACGUGAGCGGCGCACCUAGAAUAUCCUGGCGUCCGGUGAAAGGUCAGCGCCCGGCUCACAACGACCAGUUCCAGACAACGGUGGAAAGGGGAACCCGAUUGUCGACAGACAACACCACGUACGACGACGCAAUACAAUCAGACGAUGCCCCAGACUGGACUCCGUCACGUAAUCUCGUCUUGUGGCACCCGUUUGUGAGUCGACAAGACAACACCACGUACGACGACGUGAUACAGUAA